AUGCAGCACGUGGAUGGGCUCUCCAGGAACCCUCCUAAGGGAGGCAGGAAUCCAGAGCCAGAACCAGAGCCAGCGCCUCCAGCAGCGGCUCUGACUGCCAUGGUGAGGGAGCGAGGGACGGGAGGAGAGCAGCAGAAAGGACCAGCUGACGUGUGGCAGGAUGAGAAGACUCUGAAGUGGAUAAAGGGGGAGAUAGCAGAGGACGGGGGAGCAGGAGCAAGAGCAAAGGCGCGGGGGCAGCACUACAGGUGGUUUCAAGGGCAGGUGCAGCUGCAGACUAAGGACGGAUGGAAGCGGGUGCCAGCACCGACAGAGAGGGAAGGCAUCAUCCGCGAAGUUCACAACAAGCUGGGGCAUUACGGCCCGUUACGGACCCUGCAGCUGCUGCAAACUGGGUGGUGGUGGGCAGGGAUGCGCAAAGAAGUGAAGGAGUGGGUGGAGAAAUGCGAGCUGUGCUGCAGGAACAAGGCGAGCCUGCUAAAAAGCCAGGCAGAGCUGCAGCCCUUGAGCAUCGUGGAGUUGGGGUAUUGGUGGUCACUGGACAUCGCGGGAGAGCUGCCUGUGUCUUGGAGGGGUAGGCGGUACGUGCUGCUCAUGAUCGAGCAUGUGAGCAAAUGGGCUGAAGCAAGGCCCUUGGUGGCCAAGAUGGCUGAAGCAGUGGCAGAGGCCUUCGAGGAGAUGGUGCUGACUAGGUUCGGUGCGUGUGGGGAGGUGCUGACCGACCAGGGACGGACACUGGCGGACGCGAGAGCCAAGUACCUGAAGAAGCUGCUACCAGCGGCCAUGGAGAGCUUGAAGGUGGCACAGUUGCGGGACAUACACCGUUACAAGCAGAGGCAGGUGAACAAAAUGACGGGGAAGCAGACAGCAGUGGAGGAAGGGCAGGCGGUGUACGUGCGGCGGGCUAAGCGAGACGGACUAGAUGUGGUAGUGUCUCAGCAGAGAUGGGAGGUGAAGGAGGUUCGGGAAUCAGGAGUACUGGUGCUGGAGGAUGCAACUGGGAAGAGAGUAUGGACCCACGUUACCAACGUGGCCCUCGCAGGAAAGCAGCAGCGGGCAGGUGGCUACUCAGGUCCCAUGACCAGGGCGAGGACGGCCGCUGCAGGUCAUGGGAGGGGGCAGGAGAGGUAG